AUGAAUUCACUAAGUAUUCUGUUGUCUAUCACAUUGAUAUCCUUGCUGCCCUACUCCUUGGUGGAGGCUCACGGCCGCCUGAUCAUGCCUCCCUCUAGAAGCUCUAUGUGGAGGUAUGGUUUUCCUACCCCCGAGAAUGACAAUGAUCACCAGCUUUGGUGUGGGGGAAAAUGGAAUCAGUGGGGACUUAACAAAGGAAAAUGUGGUCUAUGUGGCGACCCUUACCAGCAAAACCCGCGUGAAAACGAGGCUGGCGGAAAAUACGCUACAGGCAUCAUUUCCAAAUGCUAUCAAUAUAAUACCUCUGGACAAAAUAUGGAAGUUCAGGUAGAAUUAACAGCUAAUCAUCUUGGGUACUUUGAAUUUAGACUCUGUGAACAUAACGACACAUCAACAGCUAUAACCCAAGCUUGCUUAGACAAGAACCUUUUGAGAUUUCCGGACAACAGCACCAGGUAUUACGUCAGAGGUGGUGUUUAUGGAGUGAUUAACUUUCAACUUCAGAUUCCUGCCAGCGUUUCAUGUACUCAGUGUGUUCUACAGUGGAAAUAUAAUACGGGUAACAGUUGGGGCUGUGACAAAGGCGGGUGUGGGAUGGGCAGAGGUGGACAGGAACAGUUUUAUGGAUGCGCAGACAUAGCUAUUCUCCAAAGCUGUGAACAUUUCACAGGACUUGAACAUCAUUCGCUCCUCCCCAAUUUUCUUCUGGGGAAUACAUUUUAA